AGUUUAGUUGUUGAAAAAGAUGGAAGAUAUAGGCUGGAAUGACGAGUCGGAAUACUCAAACCGAACCCGAAGAGGCAGAAGAGGAGGCUUUAGCCAAAGGUCAAACUUUGGCUGGGGAAAUUCUGGUGGAUAUUCAAAAGAAAAUUUCGUCUCAGAACAUUAUGAAACUGAAGAAAGUGAUAAAUAUCCUGUUCCCGGACGUUUUUUAGGAAGAAUAAUAGGAAAAGGUGGCUCAAAGAUACGGGAAUUGCAAGAAUCUUCAGGAGCUAGACUCACUAUUUGUAAGGAUGAAUAUGAAGGUGAAUUUCGUAAUAUAUCUCUAAACGGAACUGAAGAACAGAUAGAAAAGGCCAAGUGUCUAAUUGAAGAAGUUAUCAAAUAUGCAGAAAGUCAACCUCAUAGAGAGAGAGAGAGAAAUACCUCAUAUAAUGCGAGAGGAAACACAAAUAAUGUUUCGAGAGUUGGUGAGAGGACGAUGAUCGAUUGGUCAGUAGUCCACGCAAAUAAGGAUAAACUUGAAGCAGAAAAAUGGGAAGAUUCCCUCCCGAUGAAAAAAGACUUUUACUUUGAAGAUCCUGAUAUUGCUUCAAUGACUCGUGAAGAAGUCAGGACCAUUCGACGUCAGAAUAAUAACAUUCAAAUAGAUUUUAUGGGUGACGAAGAGGACUUAGUGGAUAUUCCAAACCCAAUAAUCAAUUUUGAUCAAGCUUUCAAACAUUAUCCGGGAAUAAUGACAGAAAUAGAAAAGGCCGGUUUUACAGAACCGUCUCCAAUUCAGAAACAAUCGUGGCCAAUCCUAUUGAAAGGCCUCGACUUAAUAGGCAUUGCUCAAACUGGAACUGGUAAAACGUUAGCAUUCUUGUUGCCAGCAUUUAUUCAUAUUGACAAUCAACCUACACCGAGAGAGGAGCGUGGAGGUGCAAAUGUUCUCGUUCUCUCUCCCACGAGAGAAUUGGCGUUACAGAUUGAAAAUGAAGUAAAAAAAUAUAAUUAUAAAAAUAUUUCAUGUGUUUGCGUCUAUGGAGGAGGAAAUCGAAAAGAUCAAAUUAAAAUCGUAACCAAAGGAGUUCAAAUAAUUGUUGCUACCCCGGGAAGAUUAAACGAUUUAAUUGAAGCAAAGUUUAUUGAUGUUAAAUCAGUGACUUAUUUGGUACUUGAUGAAGCUGACAGAAUGCUUGAUAUGGGCUUCGAACCAGAUAUACGUAAGGUAUUAUUAGAUAUUAGACCAGAUAGACAAACUGUUAUGACAAGCGCUACAUGGCCAGAAAAUGUUAGAAGAUUAGCCAAACAAUACAUGAAAAAUCCUGUUACAUGUUUUGUAGGUUCACUCGAUUUAGCCGCUGUUCACAGUGUUGAACAAGAAAUAAGGAUAAUAGAUGAAGAUGAGAAAAGAUGUUUGUUAUUAAAUUUUAUACAUGAAGAAAGAAAGCCAGACGAGAAAGUUAUUGUAUUUGUUGGACGGAAGACUGUGGCUGAUGACAUUGCUAGUGAUUUUGCUUUACAAGGUAUCUACUGUCAAUCACUUCACGGUGACCGCGAUCAGAGUGAUAGGGAGCAAGCUUUGUUAGAUUUAAAGGAAGGAAAUGUAUCAAUCCUAAUUGCUACUGACGUCGCCUCCAGAGGCAUAGACAUAAAAGAUAUAUCGUACGUUUUGAAUUACGACUUUCCUCGUCAUAUUGAAGAAUACGUUCAUCGUGUAGGAAGAACUGGCAGGGCAGGACGAAGGGGUAAAUCCAUCACAUUUAUGACAAGAAAUGACUGGGCCCGAGCGGCAGAAUUGAUAGAUAUUCUCGAAGAAGCUGAACAGUUAGUUCCUGAUCAGUUGAGGAGUAUGGCAGAUAGGUUUUCUAUAAUGAGAGAAAGAAAACGAGAGAAAAGAUUUAAUGAACGAAGAACUGUAAAUGAACUCAGUUUAGCAGGUUCAAAAGAUGGGAGACGCAGGGGAGGAGCAGGAGGAGCCGGAGCAGGUGGUAAUAGUGGCUACGGUAGGGGUAGGGGAAUUAGAAGAAACGACAAUUUCUCAAUGUUUUCGUUUUGA